AUGACGGGUACUAUAAUUGAGAACUUAAGUGGGCGUAAACUCGCCAUUUUAGUGAGUUUUCUUAUGUUAUGUCAGCUAACAUGUUUUCUCAUCGGUGGUUUGGUCGCACCCAUGCCUGCAAACGCUCAAACAAUACUCGCAACCGUGUGCCGUGAUACUUCUAUAAUGAAAAAUGACACGACCAAUUGGUAUUACAACCGUGGGAAAGGAGCUUGCAAGAGCAUCGACCUUGGUGAGCCGCAUCACGAUUUGUCAGAGACCGACAUUGUUUUCGCAUUCCAAAUGCCGGGCCCACGGGAGGGUAUGGUUCUGGAUUACUCGCGGUGGCAACAAAAUCUAAUUGGAGUGCUGCAAGUGGAUAUUAAAUACCACUCUCAGUUCGAGGUGCCGGCACGAAGCGAUAUCACAAUCGAUGCGCGCUUAGCUUACCGUAACAAAGGCGACCCAGAAGAUGUGUGGAAGUUCUACACAAAAUCGGUAGAGAAACGCAAUUUAGAUUGUGAUAUUGAUUUGAAAAGUGAAGAAUAUUUAUAUAACUGCUCAGCUAUCCCAUUGUUUGAACUUGGUUCUUUGUUUCACGACUACUACCUACUCAAUGUAAGACUCCCUGUUGAUUCACCUACUAUGAAUUCACAAAUUGGACAUAUACAAGACAUGUGGUUGACUGUGAUCAACCAGAAUGGUGGGUUUACUAGAGUCUGGUUGUAUUUGAAGACAGUAUUUUUCCCUUGCAUCAUUGGUAUAUUGGUUUGGUUCUGGCGACGCAUCCACAUUCUUCAACGGAAGCCUGUCUUACUGGAGAAAAUGCUUUUGAGCCUUGGUUUAGCUCUUUGUCUUUUAAAUAUGCCAAUUGAGUACUUGACAUUACAUUAUGAUUUACCAUUUAUGUUGUUAUUAAGUGAUAUCCGUCAAGGUUUGUUCUAUGCUACAUUGUUUUCAUUCUGGCUUGUUUUUGCUGGAGAACAUAUGCUGAUUCAGGACACAUCGGCCCAAAGCUCAGUGAAACAGUACUGGAGACAUUUGAGUGCAGUGGCACUGGGCUGCAUCUCUCUCUUUGUGUUUGACAUGUGCGAGAGGGGUGUACAGCUUCGCAACCCUUUCUACUCUAUUUGGGUGACUGAUCUUGGGACUAACUUAGCUUUGACAUUCAUCAUACUGGCCGGGAUAUCAGCUGGAGUAUAUUUCCUAUUCUUGUGCUACAUGAUCUGGCAAGUUUUUACAAACAUUUCCUUCAAGAGGCAAUCCCUGCCUACAAUGUGCUCUGUGCGUCGUCUCCACUAUGAAGGGAUCAUUUACCGCUUCAAGUUCCUCAUGUUGGCUACCCUGCUUUGUGCUGCACUCACUGUUAUUGGUUUCAUUCUGGGACAAGUUGCUGAAGGCCAGUGGAAGUGGGAUGAGAAUAUUGAGUUGGAAUAUACUUCAGCAUUUUUCACUGGAGUGUAUGGAAUGUGGAACAUCUACAUCUUUGCUUUGUUGGUUUUGUAUGCCCCAAGCCACAAGAAAUGGCCAGUUGUUGAGAAUACUGCUGAUACACAGAAUUUGAGUGAGGAAAUGGAAUUCAGCCCCUUACCUAGCGAGAGAGCCAGUAGUGAGAUUUCUUCCCUAACAUCCUUCAUUAGGAAGGCUACUAUUGACUAA